AAGAGAACUGAGUUCAUUAAUUUACUUCUAGCUACCAUGUCAAAUUCAUACAAUAGUUAACAAGAAUGUGCUUUUACCAUCAUAAUGAUUCAUACAUGAUGCGAUUACUGAAUUGUGGGUUUCAUUAACCCUUCCGGAACUUGGGCCUAACUCAUGCCCAGGGACAUGAUGGAGCAAUAUGGACGUGUUCAAUUGAUUUGGGAAUCUUCUAACACUUUUAAGUGCAUGUGUUCUUCCACACGAGGAUCUUGAGCCUAAUUCAACCCCAGAAGCUAGCUAGAUGCACAGGAACAUAUGAUGGAGCAAUAAGCUCGUGUCAUCAAUCGGUGUGGAAUAUUCUAACACUCUUUCAAAUGCACGUGUUCUUCCACACAAGGCAAUUCCCAUAUCAUCCGUGGAUUCUGUGCCAAGGGACUUAUUGCGAAGAGCUCUCCCAAACAAGGUGUUACUUAGGAAUUCGUCCAAGAAAAUCUGGAGUGUGGGGAUAACUGAAACCAGAGAUGACAUCUUCUUCCAAGAUGGUUGGGAAAAGUUUGUGGAGGACAACUCUAUUAAACAAGGAUAUGGCUUGGUUUUCGAGUACGAUGGUCAUGGCAUGUUUGAUUUCUUAUUAUUUGACAAAUCUCAUUGCGAAAAGGUAGCAAAAUCAGAUACAAGGAUCUGCGCCAAGGAAUCAAAUGCUGUUCCAGUGGAUUCAGGCAAUUGUACUAUGAUUCUGGCUAUCAAGAAAGAAGAAGAGAUUGAUGAAACAAUAAAGGAUGGUCAGAGUGUUGGUGGUGAUGAUUAUGAUGAUGAUGAAUACAAUGAUGAUGAUGAAGAUGAUGGUGGUGAGGAAGAUGAUCAUAUGCCGGAUCAUACGCAUUCUGCAGGUGGAGGGAGGAGAGGUCUACAAGCUGGGGAGGGAAGCUCAAGCAAGAGGCCUAGGGAUGUUCCUGAUCAUUAUGGAGCUCGCAUUUUCAAGUCUGGGCAUUAUACUCAGCCAACAAACCCUUACUUUUUGGCAAGAAUCAGGUCAACAAGGCGCAAUGAGCUGUACAUACCAAUGGAUAUCAUGAAGGGAUUUGAGUUUCCUCCAAGUCUAAUCCUUCGUGACCCGAAGGGCAAAGAAUGGGAAGUGAAGACAAAGGUUUGGUGCGAUGGGCGGAGAUGGGUGACCGGCGGGUGGAGGAGUCUGUGCCGAUGGAACCUUGUGGAGAAAGACGAUAGGCUCGUCUGUGAGAUUUUGCUACCUGAGAAGGGAAGGGGCAAAAUGGUCUUGCAUGUCUCCACCAUCAUCAGGGAGGCUUCCAAGUACACUUGAGCACAAAAGGACAACAGGUGGCCUAUUUCAGUCUGAGGUGAGUGAUGACUUUAUUAGUUUCUUGAUUACUAUGAGUGUAUUAAUUUCUUGAUUACUAUGAGUGAUGACUUUAUUAAUUUCUUGAUUACUAUAUGGAUGAUAGAUUUGAUUGUUGCCAUUCUUGUUCUCAUGGUAGUUUCUAUGAUAAAACAAUUGCUGCUUUAUGAUCCAAAUCUGUAGUUUAUAAAAUUGUAUUCUCAUU